CAUUCUUGUGAUUGCAGGUAAAUGGAUGAAAGCACGAUCCGUAUACCGUUCGUUCAAUAUCCGAAUUUAAACAACAAAUACGGAUACCAUUUGUAUCAGUGGAUAUGAUCAGACAUGGCAAAAUUAAGACAAACUGCUUGGUAACAUCCCAUGCAUGAGUAUAGGAGGUACCUGAUAAACCAUGAGUUCACCUGCCUAUAAAACUCACUCCCACCGCUAUGUGCUCUUACUCUUGUCAAUCCAUGCUUCUAUGCGUUAUCCACAAUCAGAGGAGAAUAUUUGUGUUAAACAUUUUUGUGUGAACAGGGUUUGGUCUGAAAGAGGGGAAUUAUGAUCACUCUUUCACUGGUACCCUUUGUGUCUGGGCUGUGUAUAGGAUUUCUGUCUAUUCAAUACUUUGUUUACUCAGACACCAGCACUGCAAAACCAGCUGUUUUCUCACUGGGUAACUCCAGUGGAGUUCAUAAUGACAAAAGGGUUCCAAGACACAUACACUCAGAUGAGGACAGGAGUGUUGCAGCCAGCCUGUCCCAAAAUGUACGAGUACUAUGUUGGAUCAUGACUGGGCCUAAGAACCUGGAGUCCAGAACCAAACACAUCCGGGCCACCUGGGGCAAACGAUGCAACAAAGUCCUCUACAUGAGCUCAGUGGAGACAGAAUUCCCCACGGUGGGGCUCAACGUAACUGAGGGACGAGACCAGCUCUACUGGAAGACCAUCAGAGCCUUCCAGUACAUCUACCAACACCACCGCAACGACUACGACUGGGUCCUCAAAGCCGACGAUGACACGUUCGUGGUCAUCGAGAACCUCCGACACACAUUGUCUAAACAGGACCCGGAGAAGCCUGUAUACUUUGGGAGAAGGUUCCGCCCGUUCGUCCAGCAGGGUUACAUGAGUGGUGGAGCCGGCUAUGUCCUCAGUAAAGAAGCCGUCAGAAGGUUCAUCAAGGGAUUCGACACUGGGAAAUGUUCCCACUUCUCCACCAUAGAAGACAUGGCUCUAGGGAAGUGUAUGGAGACUAUGGGUGUGGAGCCCGGGGACUCCAGAGAUGUGAAGGGAAGGCAGACGUUUCAUCCCUACCCACCACACAAGUACCUGGUCAAAGAGCCACCCAGAAAACUGCCCUGGUAUCUCUUAUACGACCACCACAAACCAAGAGAGGGCCCAGAAUGUUGUUCAGAUCACAUCGUAUCAUUUCACUACAUCUACCCUGUAGAGAUGUACACGCUGGAAUACUUCACCUAUCAUCUACGGCCCUAUGGAUACAAGUACAGGUACAACCCUGAUGCUGUAGCAGCUGAAAUUGAGAGUAACACCACCACACCUGUCUCUGCUUAACACAGAGAUAUCACAGACGGACUACUGCACUGAAGAAAGAACUUAUUAGUGUGUCAUGUUUAAAUGCCGAAACAACAGCCUGACAUUACCACUCUCUUUGGUAAGCUGAGCAAUGAGACUGAGGAAAUGGAACCACUCUCAAAUUCACUGACAUGGUAGUUUUAAACAUAUUUUGAAGCUAUACAAUGUUUGUUUGAAUAGACAACAAAUACAUGAACAAUAGAGUAAUAUAGUUUAUUUUUGUGACAGGGUGAGACUGUUGAACUAAGCUCAUAAGGCAUUUGCAUAUCAUUAUUCAAAUUUGCAUUGAGAAGCAAGGAAUCUUCCAGACUUUGCCUUUAACUGUAGGCUUGCACUAUCGACCACAACUGUUAAUCGUAUAAUCUGUGUAGGUCUUAUCUGUACAUAUGAUAUUUAUUGAAGGCUCUUAUGAUUCGGGCAUUCUAUAUUUUGUGUAUAUUUUAUUAUAUAUUUAUUCAAACAAACAGCUACGUUCAUUCUGUUUGAGUUUCACAUUUCCUUCUUUGCUUUUGUUGUAUAAUGUAAAUAUAUAUAUUUGACAAUUUACAGUAAAACAGGUUAACAUGAUAUUUUGUUCAAAAGAAAAUAGAAGUAUGUACUUAAUGUGUUCUAUAGAUUUCUGAAGGUCUAACGCAAUAUUACAUUCAGAUUGUUAGCUAAAGAUGUGUACUGAACUUAGUCAAGAUUUCAACAUAAAAUUAUAUUUCUAUUUCUUUUUUUAAAUAUUUCUAUGAGACUCCUGACCUGUGAGAAUGUGUUCAGUGUUUUUGGUUUGGAAGUUAAGGUGUCUUUUAAUGGACAAUUAUUUGAAGCAACACAAUGAGUAAAAACAAGGGUGUGUGAAAAUAUAAAAAAUAUAAAGAGGUUGAAUAUUUAUACAGUACAGGGGGUAGUUCACAGACUACAUAAAGAACACAAUAGAGAAAUAGAGUAUACAGGUCCUCUCUGGAGCAUCAGUGUAGCAGUGCUGUCGUUCACCUGAUCUUUGGUCAAACUGUAACUGAUAGAGAGGCUGUGUCCCGAUUCUCCACCCUUAUCCCAAAGUAUGCACUUACACACUCCACAUCCUUGGGAGAGUUGGGAUGCAGCCAUAGAUAGAUAGGAGCCCAUAUCCUCAGUGCAUCCCUCUGACAUCAACAUUGGGAAAUGUGCAGGCUUUGCACACGGCCCAACUCUCUUUCAACAAAGCACAACUGUCUGUUACGUGCGGACGCAGGUGCUCCUGCACCUGGCUUCCGACUCAAACUGAUUUCCGUUGCCCUGGCAACCUCCGUACCAGAACUGGGCACGGCCCAGGGUCCAACACGGCCCAGGGUCCAACACGGCCCAGGGUCCAACUGCUGUCUGCACCCCACCACUGGAACAGACAAGAGGUUUUUGUAAGACUUUAUAAAGUCUUCUACAUCAUUAUAACAAGUUAUAAAGCAUUACAUUUGUUUUAUGAAUGCUUAUAUUAUAUGACUUUCUAUUUUAACUGACUUACAGAGAGACAAAUGGGUUAAUACUAUCUGUUUGCUGAAGAUGUGACAACUGGUUUUGUAACAUUAUGAUGUAAUCUGAACAAGGAAACAGAUCCGAGCCUACCAUAGACAAAACAUUUAUAGUGGGUGUAUGGAAAUGUGUGAAGAAAUCCAUGCACAGAUAAGACAAGCUAGCUUGAUAAGCCACACAAAGACAAACAAUACACACAGACCCCUGCAAAAAACAAACAUUAGUUCAGUUCCACAUGCCAAUUUUCAAAAAGAAAAACAUUUGACCUUUUUAAAAAAGGACACUGGUAUUGAAAAGAAACAAGAGAUGUUGAAAAUAUGUGUCUGCAAACAGAUCUUCAGCAAAUGAAGGGUCUAUGCCAGGGUGUACGUUCUAGGAGUAGAAGCUAGAGGUAGGAGCUAGGGGGUAGGAGCUAGGGGUAGGAGCUAGAGGUAGGAGCUAGGGGUAGGAGCUAGAGGUAGGAGCUAGGGGUAGGAGCUAGGGGGUAGGAGUUAGGCGUAGGAGCCAGGGGUAGGAGCUAGGGGGUAGGAGCCAGAGUGUAGGAGAUAGGCGUAGGAGCCAGGGGUAGGGGCUAGGGAAGGGGUGGGCAAACUUUUUGGCUCGAGGGCCACAUUGGGAUUUUGCAAUUUAACGGAGGGACACAUUUUUUGGGGGACCAAUUGUUUGUUAAAAUCAAUUUGCGGGGACCUCCUGAGUGGCGCAGUGGUCUAAGGCACUGCAUCGAUCCCAGGCUGUAUCACAGUUGGCCAUGACUGGGAGAUGAGGCGGUGCACAAUUGGCCCAGCAUCCGGGUUAGGAUAGGGUUUGGCAGGCCGAGAUUUCCUUGUCCCAUCGCGCUCUAGCGACUCCUGUGGUGGGCCGGGCGCAUGCACGCUGACACCGUUGCCAGGUGUACGGUGUUUCUUCAGACACAUUGGUGUGGCUGG